AAAAGUUCAAAAAUUAAACCGCACAAAGGGCUCGCUGGCACGAAAAGAACCAUUGUCAAAGUGACAGCUGAACUGGACGAGAAAAUUGCUCAUCAAAACAUUUCCCUCCCCGUCGUCGCAGAACAGCACCGAACAACAGUAUUGCAGCAAAUUGCACUAAUUGGAUAAAUUCGUACGACUCUGCCGAAAGGCACACCGCAAUGGCUAUCUUCGAGUGGCGUAAGUUUAACUUUUUCGACCUCCGCCAGGGCGUCGAUAAAGAUAACGUGUCCGGGGCGUUGCAGGGCGCAAAGAUUACCGCGACGGCCAAUGGCAGCAGCUUGAUCGUGAUUUGCGACUCGAACGGAUAUAUCCACACAUUCAGCCGUACCUGGUCGGCCAUCAGCUUCAAGGGCCACGAAGGCUCGAUACUGCUGUGCGACAUUGCCAAGCCCAACAAUCUGCUCGUAACGGUGGGCGAAGAUAUUAACGGCCCCUCGUUUAAGGUUUGGAACCUGUCGAAGCUGUCCGCCACGAAUGGGGCGCAAUGCUUGCGCACCGUGCGAACGAUGGUAUCCGUGCCAACCGCGCUGGCCGUCUCGGACGGUGGGCAGUUUAUGGCGAUCGGGUUUGCUCAGGGCAACAUCUCCCUGUACCGCGGGGACAUCAGCCGGGAUCGGUCGAAAACGCUCAAACAGCUAACGGCCGGUACGAGCGACAUCGCAGGCAUCGCUUUCAAGCACUGCCACAAGCACACGCAAAUGUUUGUCUGCUCCAAUUCGGGCGUGUACGUGUACAACCUGCACAGUCGCGACAAGGAGAUUCGCGUGAUACUGGCCACCAUGAAGAAACCGGUCGGUUGCUGUGCGCUGCAGACCGGCCACAACGAGGGCCACUUUAUGGUGGGGCUAGAGGAUGCGGUGUACUGCUACACGUCGGACGGUCGGGGGCCGUGCUAUGCGCUGGAAGGCAACAAGACGCUGCUCCACUGGUACCGGUCCCAUCUGCUGGUGGUGAUGCGCAACCCGAGAAGUCCGGGCGGGUUCACGCUCACUGUCAUCGACAUACAGAACAAGUUCAUCGUGUUCACCUCGCCGAUAGAGGAGGUAUCGGCGAUUCUGACCGAGUUCGGCACCUGCUACAUCCUGACCGAGGGCAAACAGAUCCUCCAUCUGGACGAGAAGGACCUGCAGAGCAAGCUGAACGUGCUGUUUAAGAAAAAUCUGUACGACAUUGCGGUGCGCAUAGCCAAAUGCAAUCAGUACGAUGCGGAAGGGCUGGCCGGCAUUUUCAAGCAGUACGGUGACCAUCUGUACAGCAAGGGCGAUUUCGCCGGUGCGGUAGAGCAGUACGCGAAAACGAUCGGCUACCUGGAGCCUUCGUACGUGAUACAGCGCUUCCUGGACGCCCGCCACAUACACUAUCUCACGGACUAUCUGCAAACGAUACACGCGCAGGGCCGGGCGACGGCCGACCACACGACGCUGCUGCUGAACUGCUUCACGCGGCUCGAUCGAACGACCCAGCUGAAGGAGUUUCUGAAGAACGAUCAAAAGUCCAACCUGUUCGACAUCGACGUAGCGAUCAAGGUGUGCCGUGAUGCGUCGUACGUGGAGGAGGCGUUGCAGCUGGCGAAAGCACACCGUAAGCAUGACGCCUGCCUCAGCAUACUGACGGAGGAUAUGGGUCAGUUUGAGGAGGCGCUGAACUACAUCGAAUCGCUGGCGUGUGCGGAAGCGGAGCAUAGUAUCAAGCGGUACGGCUCCGUGCUGAUGACAAACUGUCCGUCCCGAACGAUCGCGCUGCUGAAAAAACUCUGUACAGAGUAUGCGACAAACCGGAACUCGACGCAGGGCAGGGACGCCCUGACGGUGGCCGAUUUGUUGGCCGAUCUAAAUCUGAACGACGAGCGCGGCCACGGCAACCCGGAAGAGUUUAUACAUCUGUUCGACGAUACGGAGCUGUUGAUCGAUUUUCUCGAGCAUCUGAUACGGUUCGUGCCGGCUAGCAGCCAGUGCGUGUACAGCACGCUGAUCGAGCACUAUCUGUACCGGUGGAAGGAAAGCACGGCGGUGGAGGAAAAGCUGCUCGAUCUGCUCAAAUUCAACACGGACCGGUACGACAAAAACCAUGCGCUUGCCCAGUGCCGCAUGCACGAGUUUUGGCCCGGCGUCAUGUAUCUGUACGAGGAGGAUAAGCUGUACCAUCUUAUCAUACGGCACUAUCUGCGGCAUCGGCAGUACGAGCAGCUGCUGGCGUGCUGCCGGAAGCUGGCCCACAACAAUGCCUCCCUGUGGCUGCUGACACUGAACGGGCUGAAGAACGAUGCGCAAGCCCCGCCGCAUCUGUUCAACCAGAUACUGCAAGUAAUUUCUCAGAAAAGACUGCAGGCUCCGCUGCAGGUGCUCGACUGUCUGGCGGUGGAUAACGGUCCCAACUUCCUCUCGGUGAAGGAAUAUUUUAUGCAGGUGUUCCAGAAGGAACAAGACACCAUCCGCAGUGAGGAGGAACAGGCGCGAACGUACCGCGAAGAGUCGGUGUCCAUUAAACGCUACAUAAAGCACCUGCAGGAGGGUAAUGUGGAGUUUCAAAACACAACCUGUGAUGCGUGUAAGCAGCCGCUGUCGAUGCCGGCCUUGUUUUUCCUCUGCAAACAUUCCUACCAUCAAGACUGCAUUCGAAGCUACACCGAUACGGAACGGGACUGCCCCGUGUGCAAUAAGAACAACAUGCAACUAAUCGAGGCGCUUAGAGCGCAGAGUGAGGCCCGCGAUCAGCACGAAAUGUUUCACGACCUGCUCGAUCGCUCGCCGGAACCGUUCUCAGUGGUGGCCGACUACUUUGGGCGUGGUUUGUUCAAUAAGCUGCUGAUUGUUGAGGAAGGCGAUCCACCGAUGGAGAUUCCAGAGCCGACCAAACAAACGGAAAAAGCAAAACCAAACCCAUCCGUUGCGUACGAACCACGGCCGGUCAUUCCCCCCCAACCAGCAGCGCCGGCGUACACGAGCGAAGCAAGACUUCGCCAGGAGGAGGGCGGACGCUCGGGACAGCUGCGCAUGGAGUCGCAGGAAAGUGAAAUGCGCCUCCGGCUGAUGGAACAAGAGCGCAUCCGGCAGCGGCAGCAGGCAGCCACUAUCGCACAGCAACAGAUGAAGCUGCGGGACGAUCGUCGCAGUCCCAAGAUGCAAUCCCCGUACGGCAGUCCGCGACCCGCGGCGGCCAGCGUCGAUCUGAACAAACAGCUGCUGAAUCCAUUCGAAAAGGCAAACGUCGUUCCGUCGUCGAAGCCGAUCAGCAGCGCAAAAGAUAUCGCAAAAAUACCGAUCGCAACUACCGCACGCAAUCCGUUCGAUGAGGAGGAGGCGACGGACUACGACAAUACCAAAAAUCCUUUCGGUGAAGAGAGUGCACCGGCGGCGACCGAUCGUUCCGCUGCUAGGAACCCGUUCGAGGAGGAGUACGACAGCAAGCUGGAUCCAUUUGCGGAGUAAUGCUACCAACACAUCAAACAUAUAUAUCGUGCAUGUUAUAGCGCGCAAAACAAAAUGAUAAUUUAAUACCAUCUUUUUCGCUGACCUAUUAUUUCAAUUCUGUUGAGUCUAACCCAACAAAUGCGUCCCGUAUUUAUCCCGUCGGUGAAUGUAACCAAUAAAAGAAUCUGAUAACCCCUGUAAA